CCAGGCCAAGAUUUCAGCACCUCCCGCUAUUUUUCGCUCGCUUUCGUUAGCCACACGUUUGCUGGCUCUCCUCGGACCAGGGAUUGAUGUGUUUAUGUGUCGUCAGUGUGUGGUCGGCGUGAGUGAGCGGAAAGCCCAUUGGCAUGGCGUGUGUCUCCCUGAAACUGAAAAUAUGUGUACUACUACAACUUGAUUGAAAGGGAAAGCAGACUCCGCCGAUGCCAGACGUGCGAUACCUAAGUGCUUCCACACCCCAGAUAAACGAUUGUGUGCCCUGUGUUCUCACGUUCACACUGGUCACGUUCACGCCAGGCACCCAGCAGAGGGCCGGGGCCAGCGGGCAGCAGGUGCACGGGGGUCGCGGCGGUACGAUCACCUGCGUAUGACGAGUUGAAGUUCUCUGGGGUCGGCGGUCGUGUGUAUAAGAUUUAAGCUCAUCUUUUUACCUAGUUUACAGUGUCUUCAGACUUUACUAUGUAUUUCCAGCGCCGGAGGAUAACUUAGCAAUAUAUAUCGGAAAGGCGAUGCUGGAGGUGCAGCAUGGCGGCCCGCCCGCCCUCACCCUCCUCUUCCGAUGACCCGCCCCGCCCCGCCUCCACCACCUCGCCGUGCCCCUCACCCUCGCCCUCAUGCUCGGAGCCUUCCUCCUCCACCAGCGGCCUCUCCCCACCCCCGUCGGCGUCGCGCGGCAGGGUGUCCCCCGACGCUGGCAGCGUGGCGGCGGUGUCCACCCUGGAGGGCGAGGUGACUCCCGGCGAGGCGGAGCCCGACGUGGUCGCGGGGAGCCUCGAGGCGCGGGUGGGCCUGGCCUCGCCGGGCUCCCCUGACCCCUGCUCCUCGGAGGUGAGCAGCUCCAGCCCCACGGGCGGGACCAGUCCGCCCUGGGCCCCGGACUCCUCCCAGGGUAGCCCGCCCCUGCAGGAGUGUCGCCACGCCUGGCCCCCGCCACGCCCCUGCCCCUCAGCCCCGUCCUCCUCCUCCUGGGUCACCCACGCCGGCGAGGCCACCGUCUCCCGCUCCACCUGGCGCGCAGCCUCCCCAGUGGGCGCCUCGUCCUCGCUGUCCCCCGAGUCCCUGUGGGGCGAGAUGGAGGCGGGGGACGUCACCUCCACGGGGCCGCCCGAGCCCCCGGAGCCCGCGCGGCCCUGCCCAGCAGACCUACCGUCCACCACCUCUUCCUGGCUCCCCGCCACCCACGUCAACUCCACGCAGGAGGGCGGGGCGUGGUGCCCGGGGGUCGAGGGGGCUUGGGGCCACGACCCAUGGCUGCCGCCCCAGCCCGGCCCCGCUGAGGCAGGGGCGGCGCCCCCGUCCUGGAGGUCCCGCGCGGCGCUAAACUUGACCCGCGUCACGCCUACCGCCCCACCCCCCAGGCCGCCCACCCCGCCACGCCAGUCCACGCCCCCGUCAAAUCGAGCCCGCGCCCACAGCCAGCCCUUGCGACAGUCGGUGUCCCCGCCCCCCCGCGGUUACCACCGCGCCCCUUCCCCCUCGGGCGUCAGGCGGUCACUCUCGCCGCCCACGCACCCUCGCCCACACACGCCGCCCAGACGCUCGGCUUCGCCCGUGCCCCUGCCUGCCGCCCACGUCCAGCCGCCCUCCCCCGGCGGCCGACCCCGGCUGAGUCCCCGCCCCAGUGCCCUGUGUCCCCAGGUCCGCCCGCACGCCCAGCCCCCGGCCGCCCCGCCCCCCGGCCUCCGCCCCCGACCCCAGCUCCGCCUCCACCUCCCAGCAGUCCCCCCGCCCCCACUACAGCAAGAUGCGGGGGCGCUGAGGGGGCGGCUGUGAGUCCGGUGAGAUGGCAACACUGAGUCAGAUUGAGGAAAGGAAAAGGUGAUCUGUCAGUAUUAGGAACUCCUGGGGUGAGUGUGUGUGUGUGUGUGUGUGUGUGUGUGUGAAGAGCGGCUGGCUAGUGUUGAGUGAGGGAAAAUAAAUUAGUGGGAAAAUGGCGUGACUAACUUCUCUCUCUCUCUCUCUCUCUCUCUCUCUCCCCUUUUAGGCGCCAUGUGUGUGUGUGUGUGUGUGUGUGUGUGUGUGUGUGUGUGUGUCAGUAAG